AUGAAAGAAUCAGAAAAGGCUUUUGAAAUUGAAACUCCCCCUAAUAAAUCUCUCACUGACAAGCGAGCUACUAAACAAGCUGCUAAGCGAGCUGAGGAGGAACCUUCAAUUACUCGGCAGCUCUUUCAAGACUCGGAUGUCAGUGAAAGCAGUGAUGACGAAGAAAUGAAAGAAGAGAAGAGAUUACGCGGGUUGAAUGCUGGCAUAAAAAAAGUUUAUACUGACGAUAUCAACAGCUACAAAAGUCAAUUUGCAGCAAUUUUAUACGAAAGUAUUCGACAUAGAUUUGGUGAGGCUGUCAAUCAACGCAAAGGCAAAGACUAUUUUGAAGACAAUGCUCCUAAACCACAAGAAAGCAUAAAAUGA